CUUUCCUGUUCCGCCUUGCGCCAAGUGGGCUCGUGGAACUGCGAGACCCAGAAGGUUUUUGGCACCCGGGAGGUCGCGGACGGCUGCUCCGCGGCUGUCAUCAUGCCACAGAAUGAAUAUAUUGAAUUGCACCGUAAACGCUAUGGCUAUCGUUUGGAUUACCAUGAGAAAAAGAGAAAGAAAGAAAGUCGGGAGGCCCAUGAACGUUCAAAGAAGGCAAAAAAAAUGAUUGGACUGAAGGCUAAGCUCUACCACAAACAGCGCCAUGCCGAGAAAAUACAAAUGAAAAAGACUAUUAAGAUGCAUGAAAAGAGAAACACCAAACAAAAGGAUGAUGAAAAGACCCCACAGGGAGCAGUACCUGCCUAUCUGCUGGACAGAGAGGGACAGUCUAGAGCAAAAGUACUUUCCAACAUGAUUAAGCAGAAACGGAAAGAGAAGGCGGGAAAAUGGGAAGUCCCUCUACCCAAAGUUCGUGCCCAAGGAGAAACAGAAGUAUUGAAAGUUAUUCGAACAGGAAAAAGAAAAAAGAAGGCAUGGAAGAGGAUGGUUACUAAAGUCUGCUUUGUUGGUGAAGGUUUUACAAGAAAACCUCCUAAAUAUGAAAGAUUCAUUAGGCCAAUGGGCCUGCGUUUCAAAAAAGCCCAUGUCACACAUCCUGAGCUGAAAGCUACAUUUUGCCUGCCAAUACUUGGUGUGAAAAAGAAUCCAUCAUCCCCAUUAUAUACAACUCUGGGUGUGAUCACCAAAGGUACAGUUAUUGAAGUGAACGUGAGCGAGCUGGGCCUUGUGACACAAGGAGGCAAGGUUAUUUGGGGAAAGUAUGCCCAGGUUACCAACAAUCCUGAAAACGAUGGGUGCAUAAAUGCAGUCUUGCUGGUUUGAUAGUGAUUUCUACUGAAGACUACCCACCUUUAGCAAAACACCGUCACUGUGGUUUUUGUGACUACACCAAGCUGUCCACCCUCUGCUGUCAUGAAGGGGUAUUUAUUACAUUGGGAAGAAAAAUAAAAACUGCUCAGU